CAAAAGCAGUUCAUCCAGUCAGUUCGAUCUCAGACACUGUUUGCUGCAGACCGCGCGCGCGUCAUGUGCCGAGGAGUGUUGUAAGGCAAGAGGCCGUCAAGUGUACAAUCAACGUAUUUUUCUUGAGUUUUCUUUUUCGAUCCUCUUCAACACACCAAUUCACGGUGUUUCGACGCGCAAUUAUCAUUUUAAAUUGACAUUAUUUGGCAAACGAUACCAUCUCCGAAAUUUUGGAUGACCGUUCAUGAACUCAUUAAAGGACACGUUUGACGGAUAACCGCCAUUAAGUUCAAAGUUGAAUAUGAGUCUGCGAUAUUAGUGAAGGCUAAUCAGAGUUCAAAGAUCCCAAUAAAAAUAGUUCACAUCCCAAAUCCAAAAGCCUAAGUUUACGGUCUACGUAUAUAAGUUUAAAGGACCUCUUAAGAACUCUAAAGGACCCAUUGACGGAUAACCGCCAUUAAGUUCAAAGUUGAAUAUGACUCCCUCAUGGUAGUGAAGACUAAAUACCGACCUAAAAAAAACCCCCUUAUAAAAAGAAGUUCACACCUUAAAACAGAGAACAGUGUGUAAAGUGUUAAUUUCGUGUGAUUUAUAAUCAAUGCAUCUACCCAACAAUCAGUGCCAGAGUCCACCAAUGCCUGCAACAGUGAAUGAUAUGUUCUCCAAUGUGCACGAAGUGUUGCAGGAGUAUCAUGGUGAAUUGGUCCAAACUGGAUCACCAGCUGUUCUAUGUUCUGCCCUCCCAACGCACUGGCGCAGCAAUAAGAGUCUGCCGUGUGCAUUUAAAGUCGUUGCCCUCGAUGAUGUCCAAGAUGGUACAAUAGUGUCCAUCAAGGCGGGCAAUGAUGAGAAUUACUGUGCCGAAUUGCGAAAUCAUACGGCUGUGAUGAAAAAUCAAGUGGCUAAAUUCAAUGAUUUGCGCUUUGUUGGACGAAGUGGCAGGGGAAAAUCUUUUACAAUUACCAUCACCAUCAGUUCUUAUCCAUCGCAAAUUGCUACCUACACCAAAGCCAUCAAAGUUACCGUCGAUGGACCAAGAGAACCACGGAGUAAGCAAAGCUAUGGUUAUGGUCAUCCUGGUGGUUUCAAUCCGUUCAUACUGAAUCCAGGCUGGCUGGACGCCGCUUACAUGUACGCAUGGCCCGAUUAUUUUCGUCAUCAGACCCAUCAUUCAGCUCUCGUAGCCAAAGGAUCCCCAACUCUACCACCCAAUGCGUCGACUGUUCUACCGCCAACGUCCGCAUCGGAAUUUCUGCCGCUGAACACUCCAGCCGGAAAUGCCCAACCACCAGCCCUGCCACCCACACCGCCAAGUGGCAAUGGACUUCUUCCACCACCGACAGCUGCCUAUCUGCCCCAGUUUCCCUUUCCCAUGGCCCCUGAACUCCUGCCCAAAAAUCCAUUCCUCCCCUAUGACUUUGCUGCCUUACGAGCUGCCCAUCAGCGUAGCCUGCAGCAGGCCAGCAAUCCCCCAACACUUGCAUCAGUACCUGGUGGUGACCAUGUGAGACUCUCACCAGCCUCAUCGCGUCCCUCCUCCUCGAGUCCACCAUCGUCUCAAGGAGCCACAGCCAAAGUCAACUCAUCCCUGGAUCUCAAUUCCAACCACGAUCCAUCUUCGGAGGAUUCUGACGAUGAACCAAUCGACGUGGUCAAGUCUGCCUUUGUGCCCAUCCUGAGACCAAAGCAAGAACAAUCUACUCCAGCUUCCGACAACCAUCCACGAGACUCAGCUUCACCGCGAAAAACCCCAACACCUCCGGUCCAAGGACGGCCCAAGUGCGAACUAAAAGCCGUUUCCAGUCGAAGGCAUGUCCUGCAUGAAAUAGCCCCAGCCUCAACAGGACCAAGAUCAACUUCGCCAGACACAACAAAAAUCAAAUCCGCCACAAUUCCUGCCCAAAUCACCGUCUGGCGACCAUAUUGAAGACAACUCUCUGACCUCUUGCCCAAAUCUCCCUCGUGAUAGUAACAUUUAAGGACUCCCAAUCUAAAAUCCGCUCCCUGUAGGGGCAGACACAGCUGAACUUCUCAAACAAUAGUGACUUUAUCAAGUGGCGUAGUAUGGAAAAAACACUGUGGAACUAGUGAAAAUUGUAAAGUGUAUAUAAAUUUAUAUGUAAGAGAAAAAUGUUAUAUAGAGAUGAAUGAAAAAGAAAAAAACAGAAACCAGAAAACAAAACAUAAUAAAUUAUAUUCUAUUUUAUAAA